UUAUCGCACAAUGUUUAGUAUCAGUCGUGUAUGUUGAUAGACUUUGCGACAGCAGUAGUAAGAAUGCAUUGAUAGGGUUGAUAUUUCAGCGCUUUUUCAGUAUUAAACGAAGCGGGAGACUGAAAGUCUGUGCUGCAUGAAGUUAACAGUGAUCUGAAUGGUUAGAAAGAGAGGUCUCGUUUCACUACACAUCCUCAUUACGUUCUUUCAUCUUUUUUGCCAUGUUCUCACCAGAUGGCAGCAGAUUUCCGUUCUGGGGAACUCGGGGAACUGUCCGCGGUGCUGAAAGUGCACUUUCCCGAUGCAUCUCUAAAGCCACAGCCGGUCUAUAUAGUGCACUAUUACAAUAAAUCUAAUAAUCAUCAAAAGGAUCGUGAUAUUCAAAACAUUCUUACUGUCGUGUUAUCUUACAGAAAAAACAUAGAACCUAAAAAUAGUUCUAAAUAAAGUGGUAGCCUAUUAUUACAAUUAUUCCAGCCUUACCGAAUAACAUUAAGUACAUUAAGCAAAACCUUUAUGAUUAAUUAAAACGUGUAAAAAUAGCUCUUUAAGACAACAAUCGCAGGUCACGAUACGUAGUGUCCGAUUAUGUAAUAGCCUAUUAAGGGAUGCAUUUUUAAGAAUUGCAUUAUUUGUAUACUUUAUACGUAAUUUAUUCUUCAGAUCUAUCUAUAUGCACUGUAUUUUUGCAUCAUUAUAAUCAUAAUAGUUUUUAUCCCCAAUGAUUACAUCAAUUUGUAAUAAAAUGGAUUUUCAACAUGUUUAAAGAAAACGUGCCUUUGUCAGCAAAACAAGCACCAACGACGCAAUUUACCAGACGCAGCGCGCGGUUGAAUUCGCUUUCUCAACUUUCAUAACAGCAACUGUUGACUACCUCAAAACAUAUUGUACUAGAACUCAGCACAUGCGAAAGGACAACUUCGUCCUGCCGUAAAGCUCGCACGGCCGCUCUGCGAAGUGCGCGCGCCAACCUCUCCUCAGCCAUCUCUGACGCACUUAGCACGACUCGUAUAAAUGAAUUCACUUCGUCACCGGGCGCCAAUGAUCGCAGCUCGAGCGUGCGGCACUUCCUGAGCCCGGAGCCCGCCAUGCGUCUUCAGAGCAGCGAGGUGACCGGCGCGAGGGACUGUCUCUGAGUGACCGCUCUCACCAUGGAGAGUUACAACAACACCACAGAGAGCCGAGACUGGAGCGGGAACGCGACGACAGUCAGCGAAGUUGCUUUAAGUUACCAAAUCAUCGGCUCGCUUCUCCUGGCCGCGUUAAUUCUGUUUGCCGUAUUGGGAAACGCGUGUGUCAUCGCUGCCAUCGCCUUGGAGAGAUCGCUUCAGAAUGUGGCAAACUAUCUUAUCGGUUCCCUGGCCGUCACAGACCUCAUGGUGUCGGUUCUAGUGCUACCCAUGGCAGCCCUGUAUCAGGUUCUGAACAAGUGGACUUUGGGACAGGAGAUGUGCGAUAUUUUCAUCUCUCUAGACGUGUUGUGCUGCACCUCUUCCAUCCUGCACCUGUGCGCAAUCGCUUUGGAUAGAUACUGGGCCAUCACCGACCCCAUAGACUACGUGAAUAAAAGGACCCCGAGACGGGCGGCUAUCUUGAUCAGCCUCACUUGGCUAAUAGGAUUUUCCAUUUCCAUUCCUCCCAUGUUGGGCUGGAGGAAACCAGAGGACCGGGCAGAUCCCGACGCGUGCACAAUCAGCCAAGACCACGGGUACACCAUCUACUCAACUUUUGGAGCUUUCUACAUCCCCCUCAUCCUCAUGCUGGUCCUCUACGGGCGGAUAUUCCGAGCGGCGAGGUUUCGCAUAAGGAAAACCGUGAAGAAAACCGAGAAGGCUAAAAUCGCGGACAAAUGCCUGGCGGUGUCUCCGGCGCUGUUCCCGAGGAAGGCGAACGGCGAGGUGGGCAAAACUUGGAGGCGAAGCGUGGAGCCGCAACCGGGCUCCUGCGUAAACGGAGCGCUGAAACACUCGGACGACGGAGAGUCGUUCGAGAUCACAGAAGUUCAGACCGUCUCCAGAAACCACCUGAGCCUGCCCAACAACCCCCAGCCGUGCUUCGAGAGCAGGAACGAGAAAAACACCGAGGCGAAGCGCAAAGUGGCUCUGGCCAGAGAGCGCAAAACGGUCAAGACUCUGGGAAUCAUUAUGGGCACGUUCAUUUUCUGCUGGCUGCCCUUCUUCAUCGUGGCGCUUGUUUUGCCUUUCUGUCAAGACUGUUUCAUGCCUGAGUGGCUGAGGGCGGUCAUUAACUGGCUCGGAUACUCCAACUCACUUUUGAACCCCAUCAUAUACGCGUACUUUAACAAAGACUUCCAAAACGCGUUUAAGAAGAUCUUGAAAUGCAAGUGUAUUAGACAGUGAACGAUGCCGUUUAACGGAUGCUAAUAUGCAGAUAUUGAUUGUUAAAGAACUGCUCUAUGAAAGGACCCAGAGCGGGACAGUACAGCACAAGAAGAGGUAGAGCUCUGUCCUUGUGUAUUUGUUUAUCUGUGAAGUUUAUCUGCUUCCGCCACACACACACACACACACACACACACACACACACACAAAACGUGCAUACACAACUGGAUGGAUUCAGGUUAAACCAGGACUCUCAGAGCAGUCGUGCGCAUCCAAUAAUAAAGCCCUUAAACAAACAAAAAAUUGAAAUGUUUUUUAUUUUACUGUGUAUGAUGAAAGCCACCUUUCCUCGAGCAGGGAGCUGUGGUGGGACUGUAAGCACACAGAGAUGUCAAGAUCCAGCAGAUCAUUUAUGUAGAAAAAUGUAAUGUGAAACCAUUUCUCAUUUCUAUUUGUUUUCAACAGUUUUCUUAUAUGACAUGGACCGACUGGAAACACCUCGAAAUAAAACAUAAAUCUAGAUCAUAAAAAA